CAGCAGGCUGCACCUUUGAUGAGGAUUCUGAGCCCAGUCUGUGUGACUUCACCCAAGGCGAGGACGAUGACUUUGACUGGCAGCUCUUCCGGACACACAACUCGCCCUACGCCUCUUCUGACCUCCUGCGUGGUUCCUAUAUGCUGGUGAACUCUUCCCAGCAUGCUGCAGGGCAUCGCGCCCAGCUCCUGCUGCAGACGCUGAGUGAAAACGACACACACUGCGUCCAGUUCAGCUACUUCCUGUACAGCCGCGAUGGCCACAGUCCAGGGGCACUGCGGGCGUACGUUCGGGUCAACGGCGGCCCGCUGGGUAGCCCAGUAUGGAACACGUCGGGGUCCCACGGACGACAGUGGCACCAAGUGGAGCUGGCUGUCAGCACCUUCUGGCCCAAUGAGUACCAGGUCCUGAUCGAAGCAACUGUUUCCAGGGAGCGGCGAGGCUACAUCGCCAUGGAUGACAUCAUGCUCCUGACCUAUCCCUGUUAUAAGGCGCCCCACUUCUCCCGGCUGGGAGAUGAGGAGGUCAACGCUGGGCAGAAUGCCACCUUCCAGUGUGUGGCAUCGGGCCGGGCAUCGGAAGCUGAGAAGUUCCUACUGGAGAGGCACAGUGGGGACGUGAUAUCUACAGCCUUGGUCAAGCACCUGAGUCACCGGCGCUUUGUGGCAUCAUUCCAGGUGGACAGUGUACAGCGCAACGACCAGGACCUGUACCGAUGUGUCACCCAGUCCGCCAGGGGCUCUGGGGUCUCCAACUUCGCUGAGCUCAUCGUCAAAGUUCCCCCCUCCCCUAUCGCGCCCCCACAGCUGCUGCGAGCGGGCUCCACAUAUCUGAUCAUCCAGCUCAACACCAACUCCAUCCUGGGAGAUGGCCCUAUCAUCAGGAAGGAGAUUGAGUACCGGGCUAGCCAAUCACCUUGGUCCGAGGUCCAUGGGGUCAACAUGGUCACCUACAAGCUGUGGCACCUGGACCCAGACACGGAGUAUCACAUAAGUGUGUUGCUGACCCGGCCCGGGGAGGGCGGCACCGGACCACCCGGACCACCCCUCAUCAGCAGGACUAAGUGUGCAGAACCAACACGGGCCUUGCGAGGUCUCACAGCCUCAGAGAUCCAGUCCAGGCAACUGACCCUGCAGUGGGAGACGCUGGCCUACAACUUGACCCGCUGCCACACCUACUCUGUGUCCCUGUGCUACCGCUAUGCCACCGCAGGGGGCGGCGGCGGGCACAACACUACUGUGCGCGAGUGCCUGGCGGUGGAGCACAAUGCCUCACGCUUCACCCUGCGCGACCUGCCGGCCUACCACUCCAUCCGGGUCCGUCUGGCGCUUGCCAACCCCGAGGGCAAGAAGGAGGGUCGGGAGUUCACCUUCCAGACUGAAGAGGACAUUCCCGGUGGCAUCACCCCUGAAUCGCUGACCUUCACCCCCCUGGAGGACAUGAUUUUCCUCAAGUGGGAGGAGCCAGUGGAACCCAAUGGUCUCAUCACCCAAUACGAGAUCAGCUAUCAGAGCAUUGAGUCGUCUGACCCGGGAAUCAACGUGCCAGGACCUAGGAGAACAGUGUCGAAGCUGAGGAACGAGACCUAUCACAUGUUCUCCAACCUUCACCCUGGCACCACAUAUCUGAUUUCUGUCCGCGCCCGCACAUCCAAGGGCUUCGGCCAGACCGCCCUAACUGAGAUCACCACCAACAUUUCAGCUCCUAUGUUUGACUAUGGAGACAUGCCGUCCCCUCUGAGUGAAACAGAGAGCACGAUCACUGUGUUGCUUCGCCCCGCCCUGGGCAGGGGAGCACCCGUCAGUACGUACCAGGUUGUGGUAGAGGAGGAGAGUGGCAGGAAGGUGAAGAGGGAACUGGGGGUUCAGGACUGUUUCCCUCUGCCUAUGUCCCAUGGGGAGGCCCAAGCCAGAGGGACCCCCCACUACUACACGGCCGAGCUGCCUCCCAGCAGCCUGCCUGAAGCCAGCCCCUUCACAGUGGGGGACAACCACACCUACAAUGGCUACUGGAACACCCCGCUGGACCCCCGCAAGAGCUACCUCGUCUACUUCCAGGCCAUGAGCAACUUCAGAGGGGAAACCAGAAUAAACUGCAUCCGAAUAGCCCGGAAAGCGGCCUGUAAGGACCACCGGCGGGCUCUGGAGGUGUCCCAACACUCAGAGGAGAUGGGGCUGAUCCUGGGGGUGUGUGCUGGGGGCCUGGUGGUGCUCAUCCUGCUCCUGGGGGCCAUCAUCAUCAUCAUCAGGAAGGGACGGGACUACUACUCUUACUCUUACUAUCCGAAGCCAGUGAACAUAAAUAAGACACCCAUAACGUACCGUCAGGAGAACAGUCACAUGGGAUCGAUGGAGCGCAGUUUCACUGACCAGAGUACCCUGCAGGAGGAUGAGCGCAUGGCCCUCUCUGCAGCACGCAUGGCACACACCUGCAGCACGCGCAGUGAGCAGCGUAGCUCAGUGAACGAGUCCAGUAGUCUUCUGGGGGGUUCGCCGCGACGCCAGUGUGGGCGUAAGGGCUCACCCUACCACACUGGUCAGCUCCACCCUGCUGUGCGCGUGGCCGACCUUCUCCAACACAUCAACCAGAUGAAAACUGCCGAGGGCUACGGCUUCAAACAGGAGUAUGAGAGCUUCUUUGAUGGCUGGGACUGCACCAAAAAGAAGGACAAAACUAAAGGAAGGCAUGACACGUUGAUGGGAUGUAAGUCAUCAUGGACAUGCCAGCCCUCUUGUGACGAAAGCACUGAUCACCACGACCGCCACAGAGUCAAGCUCCACCCACUCCUGGGAGACCCCAACUCUGACUACAUCAACGCCAAUUACAUAGACGGCUACCAUCGAUCCAACCACUUCAUAGCCACUCAGGGGCCCAAACAGGAGACGGUGUAUGACUUCUGGAGGAUGGUGUGGCAGGAGAACUGCUUCAGCAUCGUCAUGAUCACUAAACUGGUAGAGGUAGGCAGGGUGAAAUGCUGUAAAUACUGGCCUGAUGACAGUGAGAUGUAUGGAGACAUCAAGAUUACACUGGUGAAGACGGAAACACUCUCAGAGUACACAGUUCGUACUUUUGCCAUGGAGAGGAGGGGCUACUCAGCUAAACACGAGGUGCGUCAGUUCCACUUCACGUCCUGGCCGGAGCAUGGGGUUCCCUACCACGCCACAGGCCUGCUGGCCUUCAUACGGCGGGUCAAAGCAUCCACUCCCCCUGAUGCCGGACCCGUGGUUGUCCACUGCAGUGUGGGAGCGGGCCGCACAGGCUGCUACAUCGUGCUGGACGUCAUGCUGGACAUGGCUGAGUGUGAGGGCGUGGUGGACAUCUACAACUGUGUCAAAACCCUCUGCUCACGACGCAUUAACAUGAUCCAGACAGAGGAGCAGUACAUAUUCAUCCACGAUGCAAUCCUGGAGGCAUGUCUGUGUGGAGAGACGGCCAUCUUGGUGAAUGAGUUUGCCAUCACCUACAAAGACAUGCUGCGGGUGGACUCUCAGAGCAACUCCUCCCAGCUACGAGAWGAGUUCCAGACGUUGAACUCGGUCACCCCUCACCUGGACGUGGAGGAGUGCAGCAUCGCCCUGCUCCCCAGGAACCGGGAGAAGAACCGCAGCAUGGAUGUGCUGCCGCCCGACCGCGUCCUGGCAUUCCUGGUCACCACRGAGGGCGAGAGCAACAACUACAUCAACGCGGCACUGACUGACAGCUUCCACCAGCCCGCCGCCUUCAUCGUCACCCCUCACCCGCUCCCCGGCACCACCGCCGACUUCUGGAGGRUGGUGUUCGACUACGGCUGCACCUCGGUGGUCAUGCUCAACCAGCUCAACCAGUCCAACUCUGCCUGGAAAGCCUGUGUCCCGUACUGGCCAGAGCCUGGUUCUAACAGCAGUAUGGGCCAAUGGAGGUUGAGUUCCUGUCCCACGUCCGCUGACGACGACGACGUCAUCACUCGUCUGUUCCGUGUCAAAAACGUAACAAGACUCCAGGAGGGCCAGCUGGUGGUGUGUCAGUUCCAGUUCCUGCGCUGGUCAGCCUACCGCGACGUGCCCGACUCCAAGAAGGCCUUCCUCGGCCUGCUGGGUCAUGUGCACAAGUGGCAGAGGGAGUGUGGAGAUGGCCGCACUGUUGUCCACUGCCUGAGCGGCGGUGGGCGCAGUGGGACAUUCUGUGCCAGCACCAUCCUGCUGGAGAUGAUCCAGUACCAGAACAUGGUGGACAUCUUCUACUCCGUCAAGACGCUCCGCAACUCCAAACCCAACAUGGUGGAGUCACUGGACCAGUACCGAUUCUGCUACGACCUUAUCCUGGAGUACUUGGACUGCAUAGAAGAUAGCAUGAGAUAGCAAUGUUCCGUAGCUGGUGCAUCUCGUGGGCUGUGACUGCUGACUGGGUUACAUACCCUGUGACCCCCCUCAACAUUUACUUUAUUGUUUGGAUUAAUGGGCCUAAACUGUUGUGAAGGACAACAAUAGAAAAAAAUCAAAAAGGGGGAAGUGCUCCUCACUUUUAACCCUUAAAUGUAUAGCUGUGGUUUCGUUCAUUUUAUUGUUGACGUUGUUGUUUUCAUUUCUGAUUCUUUCAGCUUCGUUUUUUGUGCGUUUUUGGUCUUUGCCUCUACGGGAGCUUUUUUGUGCUAAAUGUUUCUGUGUCGUCAACGAUGGAGAAACAUGAGUGAGUACAAAGACCUGUGGAGAGGUCGCCCUGCCUUUCAUAAUUUUCUUAAAACAUGAAUGGCCUGGACAGUUUUUUUUGUCUUGCUAAAAACAGAAUUUGACUCUCUAUAUGAAAGUGGUCCAGGUUUCUCCAAGAGCCACAGCAACUGCAGUGUACUGUGGUGAAUAUAAGAUAUCUCUACCACAAACUGCCUUACCGUUCCCUAACACUGGGGAAGAUAUAGUACAACUCAAUUGAAGGAUUUCAAUGGGCUACGUGAACAACAAUGCUUUGUGUAACAAAUUUGGCAGUGCUAUGAUAAAUAGAUGAGUCAUUGAGACAUAGGAGGAUGAAGUACAAUUUGAUGUGUUUGCCGCUUUUUGUGAUGGACCAACCUGUAUGUCAUAAGACUGAUCGAAUUCCCAUCAAAAGGGAUGCCUAACCUGUCACUUAAUUUAAUCGUGCCAAUCCCACAGACUGACUUGAAUCAUGUCUUCCAUUUGUUCUACUCCUUCAUGUUGAUACAUGUAUAGUGCAUUCUGAAAGUAUUCAGACCCCUUGACUUUUUCCACAUUUUAAUCUGUAACAGCCAUAUUCUAACAUGGAUUACAUCAUUUUCCCCCUCAUCAAUCUAGACACAAUACCCCAUAAUGACAAAGCAAAAACAGUAAAAAAAAAAAAA